GCUUAUGGGGUUUUGAAAAUCAUCAAUGCUCACCUUUUCUCCACCUCCCACGUCUGACGUAUCCCUUCAAUGUCAGCCUUCUUUUAUAAAGGUUCAAGUCAUGGAUCUGAUCCAUCAGUUGCUGAACUUGGUGCUUCCUCCUAUCUCUCUAAUCAUUCUCUGCGUCAGUAUACCUCUCCUGUUGAUCUUCAGGCUUGUCCGUUGUAUAAUACAGUCCAUCUUUAUAAGCGAGAACUUGACCGGAAAAGUCGUGCUCAUCACCGGCGCAUCAUCAGGAAUUGGAGAGUACCUUGCUUACGAGUAUGCCAAAAGAAGAGCUUCCUUAGUCCUUGUUGCAAGAAGAGAGACCAAACUCAGAGAAAUUGGCGAGAAGGCUCGUCAGCUCGGCGCCACUGAUGUUGUGAUUGCUCCUGCAGAUGUAUCCAAGGCUGCCGAAUGCAACCGAUUUGUCCAAGAAACAGUGAAACACUAUGGUCGACUGGAUCAUCUGGUGUGUAAUGCCGGUGUUGUUCUCUAUUGCCCCGUUGAAGACACAACCGAUGUUGAGAAGUUGAGGCCUGUGAUGGACAUCAACUUUUGGGGAUCAAUUUACGCCACUCACUUUGCACUUCCUCACCUCAAAAGGAGCAAGGGCAACAUCAUAGUGAAUGCUUCAAUGAAAGGGUGGUUGGUCUCUCCCUGGUCGAUCUUGUAUGGUGCAAGUAAAGCUGCUUUGAUAAACUUCUUUGAAACGCUUAGAGUUGAAUUGCCACAAGAUGAGAAUGUCAAGAUAACUAUUGUAGCACCUGGGUUUAUCAAAUCAGAAAUCACUCAGGGAAAACACUUAUCCAAGGAAGGUGAAGUGGUGAUAGAUCCAGAAAUGAGUAAGAUGAUGAGUGGAAAGUUCCCAGUUGAGAGUACAGAGGAGUGCGCAAGAGCCAUUGUGAAGGGAGUUUGCAGAGGAGAGAGAUACAUUGUGGAGCCAUCUUGGUACAGGGUGUUGCCACUGUUCCAGUUCAUGUGCCCAGAGCUUGUUGAAUGGUGCAGCCGUUGCCUAUAUAAAACCAAGCCAGGGGAUGCAGCAGCAACCAACAAGAGCAAGAGCCUGAAUUCCACGGUCAUCAACAACAAGUCAUUAUAAUUAGUUGUUUGCAGUGUAUGUUUGAAUGCAAUUCCGUAUCUUCUGUUGAUAUACAUGCCUUGGAUUCCUUGUGCAUGGCUAGUAAUUAGAAGGAACCCACGUGGCAAAAAGUAAGACCUUUCCUUCA